GCCACAGUAUGAUGCAGCAGCAUGGCAUCCUCGUCUGACCAUGUGACUCAACAUCACUUCCUGGACAUGAAGUCAUUUUGAAGAUGCAGUUUCGUAAGAACGCAGGCUAUUGUGUACUACAUUUUACAAGACCAGGACAAGUUUGCUGCCAUGUGAAAUAUGGCCUCCACUAUUCAAUGAUAUACCUUCAGAGUGAGUUCCCGACUGCUAUGAACCAGCUUCACUGAACAGCUGAGCUACAAUCCCAUCAUCUGCAUAAACAACACAACCCUGAACCAUAACCUGGGGAAAUUAAGCAGCCCAUCUGAAGCCAGACUUUUUUGCAGGGGAUCUUUGUCAGCAAAGUUUUGGUUAGCACAUGUAUUGCCUCCCAAAUCUAAGGUAAAGCAGUGCCAGGAACUUUCCUGAAGCACUUAUCUUCUGUGCCUGAACAUUCACGCAGUAUCUUCCUAGUGCAUCACUGAAGACCCAGAUCUUCUGCGACCUAAGAAAUGGAAGCACUAGAAGUGGAUGACAUCAGCCCAGCCUUGGAGGUGACUGAAGAUUUCUUCAACAGUUUUGAUACCAAGCUCGAAAAGAUAGUGCAGCCAUCUGAAGUGUAUGGGGUUCAGGAGGUCCCUGAGCUGGUAGGACAUGAAGUGUUCAAUCAGAUCAAAGACAGCAGAGAUCUGAGAAAUGUUGCUUCUUUAGCAAAAAGCAGCCUUAUUUGGGAAGGCUGCAAGAAUGGCCUCUUGGAAACCAAAGCUCCAAAAGCAUUCCCUGCCAAAGAAUCAUUUACACUACAAAGGGGCACAGCCCCAGACAACCUCUCCUGGGUGGAGCAAAGGGAGGCCUCCACUUUUAACAUUUUCAGUAUCUGUCAGCGGAGAAGAGAUCGACCCCGGUCUGUGAAUGAUAUCCUGGUGCAAAAUGAGGAAUCUGCUACUUUUAAGCCAGGGCACAACCGGUCACGCUCUGAUAUCAGCCACAUAGACUGGGGGCUUGUCUUCACGGAUGCAACUCUGCAGCAGCAGAGUCAGGGUACCAACUGCACCAGAGUCUCCUUCCUCUCAAACAAGGGGGAGGACAUCCAAGGGAACACUGAACACAAGCCGACUUUCCCAAACAUUCUGAAGAAAGGAUACCUAGAUAUUAGAAAGGAUCAUGACAGCUACUGGCAACCCUGUUAUGCAGAGCUCUCUCCAUAUAAACUCUACCUGUAUUGUCUUGACAGCAGUGGCAACCAGAAUCUUCCUACAGUCUAUCCACUUACACAUUUCCAAAGUAUCACUGUUACAGGCAACCUUGAAACAAAGAUGGUUGACACCAUUCUAUCAGACAACUCCCAGUUGCAGUUGAAGGCACAGUCAUCAUGGGAGGCUUUGGACUGGGGGCAGAAACUUUGGGAAGUGGUACAUUCCACUGUGCCAGCUUUCAUGAGGCAGCAGGAAGAACUGGAAAACACCCAGAAACUGGACAACAAUGAUGAACUUGCCCAAAUUAAUGUUUUGCAAGAGAAGCCCACUGAAUUUUUCCAGCCCACCAAUUUCACUGAAAAUAGUAAGGAGUACCAAAACAUUAUCAAAUCAGGGACUCUUUAUAGGUUGACUGUACAGAAUAACUGGAAAGCAUUUACUUUUGUUCUGAGCAGAUCUUAUCUCAUGGCAUUCCAGCCCGGUAUACUAGAUGAAGACCCUCUCCUGAGCUAUAAUAUCGAUGUGUGCCUGUCUGUCCAGACCGAUACUCUGGAUGACUGUGACUCUUGCUUUCAGGUCAUUUUCCCUCAAGAUGUCCUCCGUUUGCGAGCAGAAACACGCCAAAGAGCACAGGAGUGGAUGGAGGCACUGAAAUCUGCUGCCAAUGCAGCCAGAAAUUUAGGUCAAAACCUGCAAGUUACCCUUAGAAACAAAUCGAGAGAUUAUCCCUUUGGAAAGGACCUUAGGAAGAGCAAGCGCCAGUCUGUGACCACCAGUUUUCUGAGCAUCCUGACCACUUUGUCUUUGGAAAGAGGACUAACAGCCCAGAGUUUCAAGUGUGCAGGCUGUCAGCGCUCCAUAGGCCUCUCCAAUGGAAAAGCCAAAGUGUGCAGUUACAGUGGGUGGUAUUACUGCAGCACCUGCCAUGUGGAUGACAGCUUUCUAAUACCUGCACGGCUAGUACAUAACUGGGACACUUCAAAAUACAAGGUGUCAAAGCAAGCCAAAGAGUUCCUGGAGUAUGUGUACGAGGAGCCAUUGAUUGACAUCCAGCAAGAAAAUCCCAUGUUGUACAAGCAUGUUGAGCCACUGGCAACUGUAGUCCGACUGAGACAGCAGCUGAAAUCUCUCAGAGCCUAUUUGUUCAGCUGCAGAGCAGCAGUGGCCGAAGACCUGCGUAGGAGAAUCUUCCCCAGAGAGUACCUUCUUCAGCACAUCCACCUGUAUUCCCUUGCAGACCUCCAGCAGGUUAUUGAAGGAAAGCUGGCUCCUUUCUUGGGGAAGGUUAUCAAGUUUGCUACUUCUCAUGUGUACAACUGCAGCCUUUGUAGCCAGAAGGGCUUUAUCUGUGAGAUUUGCAACAACGGGGAGAUCCUUUACCCCUUUGAGGAUAUGUCCACAAGCAGGUGUGAGAGCUGUGGCGCUGUCUUCCACUCUGAGUGCAAAGUGAAGUCUGUCCCUUGCCCCAGGUGUGUACGCAAAGAGCUGCAGAAGAAGCAGAAAUCCUUCUGGAGGAGACUCAAUAUGGACGAGAGCAUGGAGGAGUCUUGCACCAUGUUUGAGCUGUCCUACCAGAACACAUGACUUCCCUCAGUUUCUUGGCAACUACAAAAGAUCCUCUUCUGCAUUCACCUACUCAAGCAGCUGCUCAGCUAGCCAGGCAGAAAUCUUAUUGCAGAGAUGAUGUCUCACCUUGAUUAUUCGCUAGUACUGGCCAAAAGGGCCAUGAAACCAGGUGGGCUUUAAAAUACCAACAGCCAAAUUACAUUUUGCGGAGAAGUUGAACCACUAGGUCUCAUGCAAAAUGUGGUUUACUUGAAAUGCUUUAUGCUCAGCUAAUGAAGGUCCCAGCUUUUUCUUUUCCACCUCAGGAGAAGAUUUUUCCUUAAGGCAGAAAAUAUUUCCUGCCAAGACCUGUGGUUAAUUAUUAUUUUUGUUCUUGUUGUGGCUCACCCAGAAACCAUGAAUCAUCUACUUUAUAUUUAUGUAUUUUAUUUAUUAUUAGCCUUGGUUGAGGUUCUGAUGAAGCGUUCUGCAGGACCGAAGAAGGUGGCAGUGGUGCUAAGCCCACCUCUUCUUUGCGAUGUCAAUGCAUGGAAAGCCACUUUAAGGAAAGAGCAUGUAGGGAUUUAUUUAUUUAUUUUGCUCCCUGAACAAAAUGUCACAUCUAACUUCCUCAUUUAGGAUGCUUGCAAACAUAAAACCCAGGAUAAUUCCUUUAGGUGUGCCCAUACAUUUAUACCUGUCCUAGCAAAAUACUAUAAAAAUGGGGGUGGGGGGAUAAUUAUAUUUUGGGGUCAACGGUGACUUUCAUUGAAGCACAGUUGUGCCCUGUCAUUGAAGUACCGUCGCUUAAUUUUACACUUGUUACUCUUGUCUGUCUGAGCCACAUCCUCAUUUCCAUCAAUGGUAUGUUGGUUCAAAUCCAUAUUGAUUUCAUGGUCAAAGCCUUUUUAAGGUAUAUUUUAAUCACCUUAAAUUAAUGAACAAUGCUUUGCUCAAAGACGUGAUAAAUAUGCUUUCAUCACCUGAAUCUACUAGGCCGACAGGAAAAGAAGCCUCUCCCACCUUUUAAGAAAAAUGUAUAAAGUUUUCCUAACUCCUGAAACAUAAUUCAAUCUCUUUGCUGCAUUCUUCUUGUGCAGUUUGUAUACUGGCUGCACUGAGCCAUGGCAACAUCAGGCAGAUCCAAAGGGAUUUUGGUACUUCAGUAGGAACUUACGAUGCAGAAAGAAUAGUUCAUGUUCUGCCUGAUGUACUUGGAAAAGUAAUUGCAGCAAGUAAUAUCUGCUGUGAAAAGAGAAUUUGUUAUUUGAUUGGGAAAACAAGUCACCACUGACAGUGUCUAAUUUGUCUCAUUAUUAGUGAGAUGUGAUCAUGAUCCCCUCUGCUUGAAUCCAUAAAAUAUCUUCAUUCUUUCUCCAGUGAUAUGUAUAUUACAUAUUACAUAUGUAUGUGUUUGUGUGUGUAUUUGUAGAAAGCAACUACAGUGUCAGGAGACAAGUUUACAGACUAGUAUGCAUGUGCAUUUAUUUGCCACUGCUACCAAGCAAGUUUGCUAAAUUGCGGGCCAGCAGUCUGUACUUCCUAAAUAACUGCUUGACCCAACAGCAUCAGAUAUUAGCAGAAAACAGAGCCCUGUUCAAUAGAAUAUCAAGCUAAUUGCUGGAUUAUUAUAAAGAAAGGAAAAGCAGGCAUAGCACGUAAAAUAAGUGGUUGGCCAAAAAAAGUUGCACUCUCUCCUGUUCAGAUAUCAGUAUUUCUCUUUCUCUUUUUUGCUUUCCAGGGAAAAAAUGGCUGAACCUGAGCUCUUUUUUUUUU